AUGUCCGCGUCCAGCGCUCGAGGGCACUAUGCCAACCCACCCCUGGAGGAUGAGGACGACGAUCUGAUUGACCCCGAUGAUGCCGAUCUCAACGAUUUCGACGACCCCCUUGCGACCAAUUCAUCCCGUCAGCCUCUGUCAGGCAACAUCGGCUCCAGUUCAUCAUCGCAACCACUGAACGAAGGCUAUCUCACCUCCCGAAUCCCCGGAGAAGACCGACGAGCCCCCCAGAACACAAUUGACGAGUCAGUUUGGGACACCCUGCGUCGCGACCUACUUGCCGUAUGGGCCAAGCUGAGGGAGGUUCUGUACCCGCGCUACCUCUUGGGCGGCACCAUGUUCGAUUCCGAGGGAGGUCUGCGCGGCGCGUACUCCAACAUCCGUGGUGCCGGUAUCUCGGGCACGAGAGAGGAGCUGACCGGACUGGCGAGCCGUAUGGUGGAUGCUGAGGCUCUGCUCCAGAGCAACAUGACCCCUGGUCUACGCGACUGGGACCUCUGGGGCCCUCUCAUCUUCUGUCUUCUUCUCAGUCUUCUCCUGAGCUUCACUGCUCGCGGCGAUCAAAGGGAUGCCGUGUUCAGCGGUGUCUUUGCCAUGAUCUGGCUGGGCGAAGCUGUGGUAACAUUGCAGAUCAAGCUUCUGGGAGGCAACAUUUCCUUUGCCCAGAGCGUCUGCAUCAUUGGUUAUACCCUAUUCCCUCUGGUCCUCGCCGCGUUGAUGUCUGCCCUGGGCCUCCACUGGAUUGCCCGCAUCCCCGUCUACAUUAUUCUGAUUGCCUGGUCCCUUGCCGCCGGUGUUAGCAUCCUGGGCGGAAGCGGUGUGGUGAAGAACCGAGUGGCCAUUGCUGUCUACCCGCUGCUCGUAUUUUACCUCGGCCUGGGUUGCUUGUGCUUCAUCAGCUAA